AUGCCCUCCAGAGGCGUGUCGAUGAUGGAUGCCCCGUGGGGCCCUGAUGAUGUUCCUGCCGAAAUAUGGAUGGAGAUCUUCGAGUGGCUGCCCAGUUCAGCAGACCUCUACAACGUUCUCUUGACAUGCAAGACCUUUUGCGCUCUCACUGUCCGCGCCCUCCAUCGCGACGUUACCUGGCAUAAGCCGGAGGAGUUCGCUCAGGACCUCCCCGCAUGGGACACGAAUCAAGGAAUGGAUGCUGUCACACACUCAUUGAAGAUAGGAUUCUCCUUCGUCCCUCCUGCACUUAACGGCUGGGUAGUCCACUUGGACGGGUCGAGCACCUAUCGGUGGCGAAACGAUUUGAUCGGCAUCGACACCGUGCGCCUGUACAACACGGUGCAGUACUAUGCACUGCACAAGACCUCCUUUGCGUCGCAGCCCCUUUAUGACGAGAUGUUCACCCGCAUUUCAUCCUUCACGAAUUUGCAGAACCUGACGUUCUAUAACGUCAUCUUCUACAACCGCCACUUCGCGCUGAUCCACGAGCUACCGGGACUGCGUACUCUUCGGCUCGAACUCUGCGUCUUCCCAAACCGCGCACGUUCUCGCUUUUUCGACCACUCGACGUUACCCAUAACCGAGCUCACGAUGCUCAACCUGCGUCGGCGCAUCGCCGAGAACCACGGCGACCGCUCGGUGACGGUGGAGGAGGACAUCGUGCACGCGCUCUCGCUCGCCACCGCGCAGAACCUCCGGAUUCUCCGGAUCGACUCCACCGCGGACGUCUUUCGGAACGUCUUCAGCGGGUUCGAGCAGGAGCUGCACGAUUUCACGAUCCCGCCGCACCUCGAACAGCUGUACGUGCUGCGCAAGCGUAGCCUCGCGGGGGAAGUGCAGCCGACGUUCCCCGGGGAGUCGACGUUCCCGGACCCGUCGCUCUACACGUUCCUCCGGCGCGCCCGGACGAUCACGACGUACUCGACGUACCACGCCGCCGCACCGCACCUGCUGUGGGCGCCGGAGAGCCUUCCGCAACUCCGGCACUACGCGGGCCCAAUCGAGACCCUGGCCGGGAUCACGCCAGAGCGCCCCAUCGACGCACUGGUGCUACUCAGGUGCGGGUACGGCGUGCGGGACGGCGUCACCGCGCUCGCGGGGGUCGCGCAGGUGCUGCCGGACCUCGAGAUGCUCGCGGUUGAGUUUAGGACGUGGGACGACGAGAUCUUGCACGCGGUCACGACGCUCUUCCGCAAGCUGCGCCGCCUGCGGAUCGUGUGCGAUCACGGGGGCCCGAGCGAGACGACGCUCGUGAGCAUAGGCCCUGAGUUCCUCACGCGCCUCCCGCACCUGCAUACGUUGCAGAUGUACGUGAUGCCGGUGCAGGACGGGGGCAUGCGGCCCCUGUAUCCGACGUCCAUGUUCGACCCGUCAUACACCUCCGUCGAGGAGGAGCUGCAAAAUCUCGUCAUCCCGUGGAACCGCUGGUGCCCAUCGCUCAGAGAGGUGCAGCUCCUCGGCGGGUACGUCCUCCGCCGCGGGUUCGAUGGCGGUGCCUGGCAGGUGUACAAGGUCGCGAGGAUGCCCGAGUGGGAGUCGUUCACUUUUUGA